AUGAAGUUCAUCGGAACCACUGCCUUCGCCCUCACCGUGGCUUGUGCUAUGGGCGCCAAGCUCUCCGACUCCGCUGCCCUUGACCACGCCAAGUCCCAGUGCGAUGUCGGUGACAUCUCCUGCUGCAACUCCGAGGAGGAGACCAAGGCCGACGGUAUCCUCGGCAACCUCCUUGCUGGCGGUCUCCUCAACGGUGUCUUGGGUAACUCCAACUCGCCUUGCGCCAAGACCAGCCUCAUUGAUGAGCUGAACAUUCUUGCUUCCAUCAAGAACACCGACUCGGGACCCGUCUGCAAGAACAUCAUUGCUUGCUGCCCUGAGGGAACCACCACCUGCACUGCCAUUGACAACUCCGGAAAGGAGUAA